AUUAUAUGGGUUCUUGUUGUCAAGCCAGUCAAGUAGCUCGGGAUUAGUAUGUGUUUCCAGAUGGAGGAGUGUAUACUGGAGAGUUGAAAGAUGGAAUACCAGUAUGAGUGAUGAUCAUUUUUAGCAUGGUGUUGGAGCAAUAUCCUUUGAUAAUGGAUAAUCCUUUGAAGGGCACUUUGAGAAUGGAGCGAAAAGUGGCAAGGGAGUUUAUAGAUGGAGUGACAACUCUUAUUAUGACGGGGAAUUUCUGAACGACACAUUUAAUGGUUACGGCGAAUUUUAUUGGAGCAAUGGCAAAUGGUACAAAGGACAGUGGGUGGAAGGGAAUAUGCAAGGAGAAGGACAACUCUUUUCUGAUGGGAAGACUUAUAAGGGUGAGAUAUCUAAUUUUAAUUUAAGGUGAAUUUGAAAAUGAUAAGAGGAAUGGAAAGGGAGAGCAAAUUUGGCCCAAUAGAUAAAAAUACAUUGGAGAAUGGAAAAACAAUAAGAUGCAUGGAAAAGGACAACUUACAGAGCCAAAUGGGAGAGUAAUUGAAGGGGAAUGGGUAAAGGGAAAAAAGAAAUGAUUAUUUCGCAUAUUUAAUUUUUAUAACAUAUU